AUGACAGCGAUUCUAAAUAUAACCAGGGAGCAACACACAACGCUCAAGCCACUGGCAAAGACACGACUAUUCACAACAGAGGGACCAUCCACGAGAACCGUGACGAAAACAUUUGAGGAAUACGUUCGGCACUUUGUCAAGGAAUACACCAACCCUUACCCGAGAGGAACCAAACAUGAAAAAGUUUUCGAAAUUGUUCGUGGUAUCGCCAAUCAGACAUGGCGCCAAAGCGUAAUCAACACAAAUGCUUUUAGGCGAGACAUACUGGGUGCAACGAGGUUCUUGGAUUCAAGAAGACUUCUUUACCUUACAAAAAAAAACACUCAAGUUGGUGUCAAUUUGACGUUUGAUAUGAACGGGGACCCUUGGAAUGUAUCACAAAACUUUUGGUAUAAUCUUUCUGAAAGAACAGUAUUUGAGAAACAGAAACGAUUCAAACGAUGCAGCAUUGUAGGAUCGAGUGGUGUGCUGGCUGGCUCCAAAUGUGGACAUACUAUCGACGAAGCUGAUUUCAUUUUCAGGUUCAACCUAGCCCAGGUCAAAGGUCACGAAGAUGACGUAGGAACCAAGACCAACUUCACUACGCUCAAUCCCUCAUUUGUCAUCAAACAUAUGAACACUUUAGGAAAACCCGAAGACGUCACAACCUUCGAAACUUACCUCCGGCAAUUCAACGGCAGCAUGGUCUGGCUCCCUGCCUUCACUACGAGAUCCUACUUCAAAUUUAACCUGCGAAUAGCGGAUAUCUUAACAGACUCUGGUAUUGCAACGCCGAUCUUUAACCACCCGGGACAUUUCUCUGCUGUGAAAUACUUAUGGAGAAGGGCGAACUACGAACAAAAUUGGCCCUCUACUGGUUUGUAUGUAGUCUCGUCGGCUUUCGGACUUUGUGACGAGAUCCAUCUCUUCGGCUUUUGGUAUUUCCAGAAAACGCUUGAGGGCGCUAGUAUACCUUAUCAUUACCACAAUGACAUCUCGUUCGGGCACAAACACUCCCGAUUCAAGGAAUUCAGCAACCUUGUACAUCUCCACAAGAAGGGAAUUCUCAAAAUGAAUUUUGGGAAAUGUAAAAGUUGAUAUAAAAUGGGAGAGAAUAAUGACACUGUUUUGGACAGUAUCCAAAACUAUAUUGGAUUUGCAUGGUGAGGUAUCAAUUAUAUAUAUUUUUUGUUUGCGGUUACACCACGUGUGUAGCAAGCUACUUGCCAGGUAGUUUUUGUUUUUUAGUGAACUGUCUUGCUAUAACUACUUAGGACAGUCCUUUUCAGAACCGAGAAGUCUCCCGAACAAUCCGAUAAAUCUACUCCGCGGAAGUAGAAUAUUAGAAAGACUUAUCUCUAAAGAACAAACUCUACCUGGCAAGUAGAUACACACAUCAUGGUGUUACCGCAAACCAAAUGUAUAUUGAUCCCCCUCACCAUGCAGUGCCUCAAAUCAUAUUAUGAGUAAAACUAAUCAAAAAUGUAAACCAAAAACCCUUUUCUGUAAAUCAUUGGGUGCGUUCGUUUAACUUCCCAUGGUCGACCCCAGUAAGUUCGAAUAGCUUUGACGGGGCUUACCCCGGUCAGCCCCAGUGCCCUGCUUGUGGAGUGGGUCACUUGGGGUGACAUGAGGUCCAUGCCGU